GUGAAGGGUGAAGCCGUGCUCCCCCCGCUCUGCUUCAGCCAGUGGAAGAUCCCGGAUACACACCGAGCUCCAAUGUCACGCAGGGUCUGUAGCUGUGUCUUAUAGAUGGGAAGGUAAUAAAUGGAGUAAAGAAGAUGUAUAAACUAAACUCUGCCCUAUCCUGCCUGUUACGAGGCACAAACCAGCAGAUCCUCGAGCCUCUGACUGCAGCCAGCCGGACACUUGGAGGAAACUUUGUGGGUCUUCGCCCGCUGUCCAGAACCGCUGCCCGUUUACAAGAAGCUGAAACACAGACUGAAGUAGAGGUCACACCAGAGACUGUGAAAAGUCGAUCCAAAGACUUCAGUCAUUAUCCUCCACUUCCUGGCCAAGACAGUGCAUUGAGAUGGGAUGGCAAGAAGUUUGAAGAUUUACAUAUAAUCCAUGUAAAGGCCACCUAUAACAACACACACAUCCAGGUGACCGACAACCUGGGCCAGUCAAUGGUUAGAACAUCUUGUGGGACAGAAGGUUUCCGCAAUUCAAAGAAAUCCACCCCCAUCGCAGCCCAGACGGCUGGAAUCUCCGCAGCUUCUAAAGCACAGGCCAAAGGAGUGACGUUUGCUCGGGUACUUGUUAAAGGACUGGGGCCUGGACGUUUGUCUGCCAUCAAAGGGUUAAGCAUGGGAGGACUGCAGAUCGUGUCGAUCACCGACAACACCCCGGUUCCGCACAAUGGCUGCCGCCCUCGUAAAGCUCGGAGGAUGUAGACCCCAAUAAUCCAAUCCUGUCUGUGCGGAAAUCGUCAGCGGCUGAGCCCGAGGAGCUAAACAGCGAAUCCUGCUGGGAAUCUGUCAGUUUAAUGUGCUCGGAUCAAAAGCCUCACUCAUUUCACCUGUUCCGUAUGAUGUGGCACAGGAAAUGUGUUGCUGAAUUUUGUUUUGUUUGUGAAUUAAACUUUUUGGAAUUAUA